ACCGAAUCUUAGGAUCAAUCAAACAAGUGUCAAAUGCAACCAUCCGAAGUGAAAAUAAAUUUUUAUUUGGCAUUUUGAAAAUCGAGGUUUGCGCACAACAUGAAUAGAUCUGGGUUUGCAAAAAAAUUAUUAUCAGGAACAGUACCGGUUCGAUCGAGUUUGUCGUCCAUCAAACCAAAAACAGGGAUUCUACUCAGGUCGAAAGCCAUUGACUACAAUGUUUAUUACAAUGGCCAAGACGUUACACCAAAACCCCUCAAUCAGCAAAUAUUCAAGGCGGGUAGAGAGAGACAACUCAACGUUGUUAAUAUGUCUGGUAUGGAGACUAGCAGCACAUUGAAGUCAGACAUGAGCAAUCAGCUACAGAAUAAGUCUGCAUCAUCAGCAGGACGGUUCAAGACAGAAAUACACACCCUCGACUUCAACAGAAGUUUCUUGGGCAACACCAUCGAUGAUACCUUCAUCUUACAGUCUGCAAUUACGGACACCAAUACAGAAAGCGACAGGGUGUUGGAAGGAUCGGAUAUCAAAUCUGACGUAGAGGAUAAGGCACGGGAGGUUAUUCCAAUACCCAACAAUAUCAGUCUUAUACUGAACGAAACUGAAACUUUCGUGAUAUUGGAUCUACCAAGUGUGACGGAAAUCAGGGAUACGCCAGAAGGCCUCGAAGUCGAAAAGCUCAAUACCGACUACGAAUACCUGACAGUGGGCAAGGGGAAGAACCGCAAGGUGAUCGACACCAUGGUGCAGACUCACGGCACCCUGCGCAAGUCCAGGGAGACCGACGCGGUCAAGGUCAAGACCACAAGCCACACCACCUUCGCCUCCAACUGGGAGAUGUUCGACACCUUCCUGGAGGACGAGUCGCAGGAGAAGAGGCACGUGGAGGAGGAAAACAACAUCGCCGAGAGGGACGAUCAUCACCGGCUGAACGAAACCGCGUCCGUGGAGAGCUUCAGGCAGUCCGUCGAGGAGAAGGAGCUGUGCAACCUGAUGAACAACCACCGGUUCCUGCAGGCCGUCACCGUGGUAGAGAGGCUGCUGGCCAACAACGCGUACAACGUGCAGCAGAAGAGGUUCAGGGGCCUUCACGAGGAGGAGGAGGGGAAGGAUAUCGAGUACAAGUACGAGCUGGACCUGUUGUGGACCUUUGCGAACGACCUGACUCAAGGCAAGUGCGUAACGGCAAUCAGCUGGAACCCGGCAAACGAGGACAUCAUAGUGGUGGCCUAUGGCAAGUUCUACUUCACCGACAAGACCAACGGCCUGGUGAUGAUAUGGAACAUCAAGAACCCUGUGCAGCCCGAACGACUAUACUGCUACAACGAGUCAGUUUCAGCGGUCGCCUUCUCCAACGGGCAGCCUCACCUUAUCGCCGUCGGCUUCAACAACGGCAUCAUCGAGGUGGUGGACAUCCGCGAGAGGGAGCUGACCGUGGUGCACAGGAGCGUCAGGGAUGCCAACGCUUCUUUCGAGACCGUCAACUACCUGACUUUCUACUCUGGUGAUGAGCAUUAUAACUACGAGGAGCAGAUCCUGGCUUGUUUCAACGAUGGGAGGAUCUGCAAGUAUAGGUUGAACCUGAUGACCAACAUGCCAUGUAUACAGAUUAUGAGGGCCCCUGAAGCUGAUGGUAAGAUUAAGGGCAUCCCGAAGAUGACAGUUUGCGGUAUUCCCGCCAUACCACUAACGAAAUACACAGGAGCUUUGCUCAUCACCUUCCAUCCAGCAGACCCCAACAUCUACUACCUCUGCACCAACACAGGCGUCAUCCACAAAUGCUCUACCAACUACUUCAACCAACACCUGGACCUUCUGCUUGCCCACGAUGGUCCAAUCUAUCAGAUGCAGUUCUCCCCUUUCUGCAACAAGCUCUACGUGACCUGUGGCGGUGAUUGGUACGUGAGGAUUUGGGCGGAGGGUAUCCACGAGCCUCUGUUGGAGCUGGUGACUAGCAUGUACCCCGUUCAGUACGUUCUAUGGAGCCCUUUGCAUUCGACGAUCCUGGUCGCCAUCCAGAGCAGCGAGAUCCAGAUCUGGGACCUGCACAGGAAGGUGCAUCAUCCUCAGAACAUCAUCAAGUCACCGACGGGUUCGAGAAAUUCUACUAUCAAGUUUACGGAGAAUGGCAAGUGUUUGACUGUGUGUGAUGUGGAUGGACAUACACAUAUUUACUCGUUGGAGAACAUGCCGAUUCCGGCGUUCUUUCAGGAUCAUCUGUUGUAUUCGGCUAUUAAGAGGAAUUUGAUCACGAAGCCGGAUCUGUUGAAGAAGUUUAUUGGGUUGAAGACUAUGAAUUUUGAGAAAACUGGGUAGGUUGUCUAGAAGAACGAUGGUUUUAUGUGGUUUUAAUUUUUUUUUUAACUGACGAAGAUUUUAUGAUCAAUGUACAAAGUACGAAUAUAACUAAAAUUUUGUAUAUUUUACAAUUUUAAUAAAAAUAUGCAUGAUCUGAUCUGA